UAGAGCCUCCAGUUCUCUCUCUCGCUCUGCAUCUAUGCUGCUCAGUAACACUGCUCCUUGCACAGUCAGAAACAGACUGACAACCAUGAUCAAGAAGAUGUGCCCCAAUAACUCCGAGCUGGACAUCCCGGCCAAGAACUGCUACCGCAUGGUCAUCCUGGGCUCCUCCAAGGUGGGCAAGACCUCCAUCGUCUCCCGCUUCCUGAGCGGCCGCUUCGAGGAGCAGUACACCCCGACCAUAGAGGACUUCCACCGCAAGUUCUACAGCAUCCGCGGGGAGGUCUACCAGUUGGACAUACUAGACACCUCUGGCAACCACCCUUUCCCUGCCAUGCGGAGACUCUCCAUUCUCACUGGUGAUGUCUUUAUACUGGUCUUCAGCCUGGACAACAGAGACUCCUUUGAGGAGGUCCAGCGUUUAAAGCAACAGAUUAUUGAGACCAAGUCCUGCCUCAAGAACAAGACCAAGGAAAACAUAGAUGUGCCUCUGGUGAUCUGUGGCAACAAGGGGGACCGGGACUUCUACCGAGAGGUCCAGGCUCAUGAGAUUGAGCACUUGGUCGGAGUGGACAAUAAUUGCUUGUACUUUGAAGUGUCUGCAAAGAAGAACUCCCAGCUGGACGAGAUGUUCCAGGCGCUCUUUACCAUGGCCAAGCUCCCCAGCGAGAUGAGCCCAGACCUGCACCGCAAGGUGUCUGUCCAGUACUGCGAGAUCCUGCACAAAAAGUCCAUCAAGGGGAAGAAAGUCAAAGAGGACGGGAAUGCCUAUGGCAUUGUAGCCCCCUUCGCCCGUAGACCUAGCAUUCACAGCGAUUUAAUGUACAUAAGGGAGAAAGCGAUUGGAGGUGGGCAGAGUAAGGACAAAGAGCGAUGUGUAAUAAGCUAGGAAUGCCCUCUGCAGCCAAGAAGCCUUUAUAAAUAUAUACAUAGAGAAACAAAAGAUCUGGGCAUUUUUUGAAGACGCCGAACCAAGGAGGCAUGUCCGUAGAGGGGCUCAACUUGCCCCCCAUGCCUUCUGAUGGCUGGUCGGGCCGCCGAGGCUGAUGCAGAAAGGAGAGGCCAGCCUUGUAGCGCUGAUUGUGGACAGUGAUAUCACAUCUGUCUAGAUGAAUAACUGUGAAGGAACAGACAGCGAGGUGAUGUUGACUCAGUAAAUAUUGAUUUACGCUGACUUCUUGGGAGUUGUUCUACUCCGCCCUCCCCCGUGGGGUUAAAAUCUGGACUAAGAAUUUAAGGGGGGAGCGGUGAGAAGUCGAUGGACUAUGUAUACGGUGUGCGGACUUUACAGACUCUUGUUUACAAUGUGCCUUGUGCACUCAACUGAAGUAUUGUAAAUGGAUCUGAACAAAUCCACCUGUUUAUACUUUGUUAUACAUUUCAUUGUCAUGUCUUAUUUUUAUUUUUUUACAUAAUAAAUCAAUUCAAAUGUA